AUGGGACGACGUUGUUUCCUUCCUUUCCUUUUGGCGUCCGUAUCCGUCCAAGUCGUUUCCUUCCAUGCCGCCCGUUCAUCUCAGGUCGACUCCAAAAGACGGGCAGGUCUGAAUCAUCCGCGUGCUGAGGCAGGCACGGCAGACACCUUAUCCAAGACCACUUCUCCGAGAAACAUGGCACUGGUAUGGAACCGAAGCGAGGAAUGCAAGUACCGUUACAUGUCAGAUACCUCAAUGUUCCAUUCCAGACUUCAACCACGUAAGGGAUACCUCAACGUUCCGCCUUGUCCUGGCAAUAUCCCCACGCAAGCCGCCGCACCUACCUACCGGUACUUCGUACCCAUCGCGGAAGCAGAGGGAAGGGCAGAAGAGAGGAGAGGAACCGACCGUCACACCAUUCUCUCCUUUCACGCAACUAUAGCUCGUCAAGGGUGCAAAUGCUCCGUCCGUCUUUGGAUCAAGACCUCUCGUCGUCUCUUUUCCGGCCACUACCUACACAGUACUCCACUAAUUGGCGCGCGAUUCUUCCGUUUCUCGACCCCGACUCGGCUUUUCCUGAUUAUUGAGCACCCAAGCAACCGUUUUCUGCUCGUUGUCGUCUGCCAUUGUAUUCCUUGGCAUGAGGCCGACAGACUCAGCUCCACAACCCAGGGGCCAAGGAUAUGGCUAAUCUCGAUUCUCAAGAGGCCAGAAGCAGCCGCAAGCCGCAAGAGAGGGCAGCAUAUUUCGCCCCGAUGUCUGUGUGUGGCUUGUCCCAUUCCCGUCGACAGCGUUUUCCAUAUGGUCCGUCGUUUCUUCCCAUGCGGCAACGGAGACAAACUGAGCCAGUGGCUUCUUCUAGCUCCUCCUCAAUACUCUAGCCGUGGCGGUUGUCAAUACGCAACCUCGUCAACGUCAACAAUCAUCCCCCAUUUGCCUGGAACUCAGUUUUACGGCAUUUGCCUUACGGUGCUGUACUCGAGUCCUGACGUCGCACCUUUGCGGCUUUACCAUUCUCUUAGGCCUAUCACAACCACUCUCGUUGCCGGGCGCUUUCUUCUGACGGGCAAGUUGCAUUUGCAUUCUCAUUGUCUUGAUCAACACAUCGCUCAUCAACCAGACUUUCACCUGGCCGACGUUGCGCGUGUCUACUCUUUUCCUCCAUCGCCUCUCAACGUCUACCUAAUGACCACGCGGUUGCGGGGCCGAGUCGAGACCCCGGCUCUACUGAGAUUCAAUCAUACCCACCACACCCCCAGGAGAAGACGAGACACACACCCCAGACCCUUGCCGGUAGUGUACUUACAUGGGCAUGGGAAGCAUCCGCCGUCGCUUUGCCUGCAGAGCUUCUACAUAUGUACACUGCGGCCCACCGCCGCCCACACAACCUUCAUCCUUCCCUUUGUCCUUCAAGCAUUGCCUUUGGCCCGAUCCGACUUUCCAGUCCUGUCAGGCUCGUUCGCCAUCACCCUCAACUGGUCGACCGAAUAG